GAUCAUGUGACUGUGAUCAUAUAUGGUUCAUGUGUGUUUAUGUGCAGUAAUAAUCAGUCAUGACUCGCGUGUUGAUCGCGUUCUGUCUGGCGUUCAUACGCGUUCAGAGCGACGCGUUGAUUCCGCCGCAUGAGGAGGUCGCGCGCAUGGCUCGGUUCGUCAUCAAUAAGUGUGAUUGGGCUUCAAUGGCGACGAUCUCCACUCAUGACCCGGUCAAAGGUCAGCCGUUCUCCAACGUGUUCUCCAUCAGCGACGGACCCGCGGGGAACGGGACCGGUACACCGUACAUGUACCUGACGCACAUGGAGAUAUCAGUGCAGGAUUUACAGGUGAAUCCUCAGGCGUCUCUCUCCGUGUCUCUCGCUCAGACAGGUUACUGUAAACAUCACGGCUUUGAUCCUCAGAGUCCUCUGUGUGCUCACAUCAUUCUGUCUGGAUCUGUUGUGGAGGUGAAUGGCUCAGAGGCGUCUGAUGCUAAAGUGUCUCUCUUCAGCAGACAUCCAGAGAUGAUCGACUGGCCCACUGAUCAUAACUGGUUCUUUGCCAAGAUGAACAUCACUCAGGUGUGGGUUCUCGAUUACUUUGGUGGAGUGAAAACUGUGUCGCCUGAAGAAUAUUACAGAGCCACACCGUACAGAAAACACCGCGGAAAUGACUCACAAUAAUCUGAUGAAGAGAAAAUCAUCGUCAUUUAAGAGCCUCUGAUGAAUAAAUGAAUGUUCAACGCUGUGUGUUCAUUUUAUAACCGUUCAGCUUGUUUACAGACACUGAAGUGUGUUUUUGUGUGCUCAUAUAAUAUAUCAGAAUACAGAACAUUAAUUAAACGAAACAUUAAUGUAAAGAGAUUCUGUUGAUCAAUAUGCUUCUGGAAGCAUUUUGUAAAAUAAUCAUUUUUGCAGUUUGCACAAGCGAUUCUAACAGUGGAAAUGCAAUUUUAGCAUUUUUCAUUUCUGCUCAAAAUUGCCAAAGUGUUUAUUUUUUCAGUGAUUUCAUCUAUCAGGUUCAGUACAUUUAUAUUGAACCCCUAGUUUCAGUUUGUACACACCGUUGAAGUCUUCAUCCCUUAAUAAGUUUGUACUUCUUUUAAACGCUAAGAUUAGAGAGCUAUAAAAGUGUGUUGAGUGUGUGAAAUAAAUAUUUAUUCUGAUUCAAA